AUGCUCAAUUGUGAUUGUUCUACCUGUAAGCCACCCUCUAAAUUCUUCCGAACCCAUGAAUUGGAAUAUCAAAACGAUGUUACCGCACAGGUGGCAUCAAAAUCGAUAAAAGUUGCGGAAACAAGUAGCAUGUUGAUGAACCUUGAUUAUGAAUCUGCUCAACAAUCAGAAGCUACAGCCGAAGAAAGAAAGCUAAUAGAGUCCGUAAAAAGUCAGAUGACAGGAAAACCUGAAGUGGAAACUGCUAAUAUCGGUCAUUGUGGUCAUUAUGGUCCAGUUCUUUUCUCGAUAAUUUCAUGUGUUAUACUAUUUCAUAUUUGUUAUUAA